UAAGUGACAGCAGCUCAGGAAGCUGAGGGGCCCACACAGGAAAGAGCCCAGUGGGACUUUCCUGCCUCCGCCACCGGGCUCUGCCCUCCUGUCGUUGGCCUAGAGUUCCCCACCUGCCAGGCAGGCUGCACUCAUGGCGCCUCCAAGUGAGGAGACACCCCUGAUCCCUCAGCGCUCCUGCAGCCUCUCAUCUUCAGAGGCUGGUGCUCUACAUGUGCUGCUGCCCCCUCGGGGCCCUGGACCCCUACAGCGCCUAUCUUUCUCCUUUGGGGACCACUUGGCUGAAGAGCUGUGUGUUCGGGCCGCUAAGGCCAGUGGCAUCCUGCCUGUGUACCACUCCCUCUUUGCUCUGGCCACGGAGGACCUGUCCUGCUGGUUCCCCCCGAGCCACAUCUUCUCCGUGGAGGAUGCGGGUACCCAGGUCCUCGUCUACAGGCUCCGCUUUUACUUCCCCAACUGGUUUGGGCUAGAGAAGUGUCACCGCUUUGGGCUUCGAAAGGACUUGGCCAGCGCUAUCCUUGACCUACCAGUCCUGGAGCACCUCUUCGCCCAGCACCGCCAUGACCUGGUGAGUGGCCGCUUCCCCGUGGGCCUUGGCCUCAAGGAGCAGGGCGAAUGUCUCAGCCUGGCUGUGCUGGACCUGGCCCGGAUGUCCCGUGAGCAGGCCCAGCAGCCAGAGGAGCUGCUGAAGACCGUCAGCUACAAGGCCUGUCUGCCACCUGGCCUGCGCGACCUGAUCCAGGGAUUGAGCUUCGUGACGCGGAAGCGCAUCCGGAGGACAGUGCGCCGGGCCCUGCGCCGAGUGGCCGCCUGUCAGGCUGACAGGCACUCGCUCAUGGCCAAGUACAUCAUGGACUUGGAGCGGCUGGACCCAGCCAGGGCCUCCGAGACCUUCCUCGUGGGCCUCCCCGGGGCAGCUGGUGGUCAGGAUGCACCGGGGCUGCUCCGCGUGGCUGGUGGCAGCGGCAUCGCCUGGAGCCCGGGAGCACAGGAGGUCUUCCAACCCUUCUGCGACUUUCCAGAAAUUGUGGACAUCAGCAUCAAGCAGGCCCCACGCGUUGGCCCGGCCGGGGAGCACCGCCUGGUUACUGUCACCAGGACAGACAACCAGAUCCUGGAGGCUGAGUUCCCGGGGCUGCCCGCCGCAUUGUCCUUCGUGGCGCUUGUGGACGGCUAUUUCCGGCUGACCACCGACUCUCAGCACUACUUCUGCAAGGAGGUGGCGCCGCCGCGGCUGCUGGAGGAGGUGGCCCAACAGUGCCAUGGCCCCAUCACCCUGGAUUUUGCGAUCAACAAACUCAAAGCUAGGGGCUCCUUUCCUGGCUCCUACGUUCUACGCCGCAGCCCCCAGGAUUUCGACAGCUUCCUCCUCACUUUCUGUGUACAGACCCCCCUGGGCCCUGAUUACAAGGGCUGCCUCAUCCGGUGCGACCCCACAGGAACCUUCUCCUUGGCUGGCCUUGGCCGACCCCACAGCAGUCUUCGAGAGCUCCUGGCUGCCUGCUGGCAUGGUGGGCUGCAUGUGGAUGGGGUUGCACUGAACCUCACCUUCUGCUGCACCCCUAGACCCAAAGAAAAGUCCAACCUGAUUGUGAUCCGGAGAGGUUGCAGCCUGCCCACAUCAUCCCCUGUUCAGCCCCACUCGGGAUGCCAGCUGAGUCAGAUGACAUUUCACAAGAUCCCCGCUGACAGCCUGGAGUGGCAUGAGAACCUGGGUCAUGGGUCCUUCACCAAGAUUUACCGGGGCUGUCGCCAUGAGGCUGUGGACGGGGAGCCCCGGGAGACAGAGGUGCUGCUCAAAGUGUUAGAUGCCAAACAUAAGAACUGUAUGGAGUCAUUCCUGGAAGCGGCGAGCUUGAUGAGCCAAGUGUCGUACCAGCAUCUCGUGUUGCUUCAUGGCGUGUGCAUGGCUGGAGACAGCAUCAUGGUGCAGGAAUUUGUGCACCUGGGAGCACUAGACACAUAUCUACGCAAGUGUGGCCACCUGGUGCCAGCCAGCUGGAAGCUGCAGGUGAUCAAACAGCUGGCCUAUGCUCUCAACUAUCUGGAGGACAAGGGCCUCCCCCAUGGCAAUGUCUCAGCCCGGAAGGUGCUCCUGGCUCGGGAAGGGGCUGAUGGGAGCCCACCCUUCAUCAAGCUGAGUGAUCCUGGUGUCAGCCCCACUGUGCUAAGCCUGGAGAUGCUCACUGACAGGAUCCCCUGGGUGGCCCCUGAGUGUCUCCAGGAGGCCCGGACACUUGGCUUGGAAGCUGACAAGUGGGGUUUUGGUGCCACAGUCUGGGAGGUGUUCAGCGGUGUCACGAUGCCCAUCAGUACCCUGGAUCCUGCCAAGAAGCUCCAGUUUUACGAGGAUCGGCAGCAGCUGCCUGCACCCAAGUGGAUGGAGCUGGCCCUGCUAAUCCAACAAUGCAUGGCCUAUGAGCCAGGCCACAGGCCCUCCUUCCGUGCUGUCAUCCGUGAUCUCAACAACCUUAUCACAUCAGAUUAUGAGCUCCUCUCAGACCUCACACCUGGUGCCCUGGCACCUCGUGAUGGGCUUUGGAAUGGUGCCCAGCUCUAUGCCUGCCAGGACCCUACCAUCUUUGAGGAGAGACACCUCAAAUACAUCUCACAGCUGGGCAAGGGCAACUUCGGCAGCGUGGAACUAUGCCGCUAUGACCCGCUGGGAGACAACACAGGCGCCCUGGUGGCUGUGAAGCAGCUGCAGCACAGUGGGCCAGACCAGCAGAGGGACUUCCAGCGGGAGAUCCAGAUCCUCAAAGCCCUGCACAGUGACUUCAUUGUCAAGUACCGCGGUGUCAGCUAUGGCCCAGGCCGCCAGAGCCUGCGGCUAGUCAUGGAGUACCUGCCCAGUGGCUGCCUGCGCGACUUCCUGCAGCGGCACCGCUCACGCCUCGACGCAAGCCGUCUGCUCCUCUACGCCUCGCAGAUCUGCAAGGGCAUGGAGUACCUGGGUUCCUGCCGGUGCGUGCACCGAGACCUUGCAGCGCGUAACAUCCUGGUAGAGAGCGAGACACACGUCAAGAUCGCCGACUUCGGCCUCGCCAAGUUGCUGCCGCUGGACAAAGACUAUUACGUUGUCCGAGAGCCGGGCCAGAGCCCCAUCUUUUGGUACGCCCCGGAGUCCCUCUCAGAUAACAUCUUCUCGCGCCAAUCAGACGUCUGGAGUUUCGGGGUCGUCCUGUACGAGCUAUUCACCUACAGCGACAAGAGCUGCAGCCCCUCCGCCGAGUUCUUGCGGAUGAUGGGAUGUGAGCGAGAUGUCCCGGCUCUCUGCCGCCUCCUGGACCUGCUGGCGGAGGGCCAGAGGCUGCCCACUCCUCCAGCCUGCCCUGGCGAGGUUCAUGAGCUCAUGAAGCUAUGCUGGGCUCCUAGCCCACAAGACCGGCCGUCCUUCAGUGCCCUGGGCCCCCAGCUGGAUGCUCUGUGGAGUGGAAGUCGGGGGUAUUGUCCAGAGGCAUGAGAUGCUUGCCUUCCCUGCUUGUCUGGAGGAAGAACUCCACUCAUUGUCAUUUUUACAUCUUCUGCACACAGACCUCUGGGUUCUGGUCUCCAUGGACUGGUUGUGUGACUUUGGGCUGGGAGCCGCCCCUCUCUAGGCCUUGUGCUUCCGGAGACUCCCAUGCGUCAAAUGACAUCGUAUUGAGGGGGGGCACCCCUGGCUUGCGGAGUAAUAGCAGCCUCGUGGCCUUUGGAACUUGUAAAGAUUCAAGACAGAUACCUCGAUGGGGCCCACUGAGUCCUGCCCCCAGAAGCAAGGGACCACAUUGAAACUCCUCCCGUCUUCCCAUUCUCUCAGAGGAUGUCCCUGUCUCAUUUUCAGCAGGGAAAUUGUGUAACUUUAUGUGAUCUCAGGCUUCUGUUCCCCCAUCCUGCUCUUGCUGGAGGAAGCCAAGGACAAGAGCAGCUGCUCGGGUUGGAAAUUCACUUUUGGGGGAAGGAAGUGUGACUGGGAUUGUGUGAGGGGCCAGCAGAGGCUGGGGUCCCAGUCCACUCUAACUGUACUUGAGUGUCCCUGGGACUUGUUUCCCCACCUUACACUGGGGCCCUUUCUGACCGGAGGGUCAGCCAGUGAUGACCCUGGAGCCUGACAGGAGCUUUUCAGCAGUUGAGGAAGUGAAAGGCAUUCUUGGUAAAGGGAACAGCAUGUUCUCUUUAGUGAGGAAGCUCAGAGUACAGAGCUUGUUGGAGCCCACGGUUCUGCCACUUAUUAGCUAUGUGACAAUGGGUACAUUUCUUCCCCUCUCUGUGUCUCAGUUCCAUAGUGCUGGCUCCUCAGCUAUGCAGCCAGCUUCUGGAGAGCCUUGUGCAGUUUAAGCCCCCACCAUCCCACACUGACCUGCACUAAGUUUUCCUGCCACUUAGGCUCCCAGGAAAGCUUUUAUUCGUCUCUCAAAACCCCAGCUAUCACCUCCCUGCAGCCUUCCCUGGUGUGUUCCCAUCACUCCCUGCCAGCCCUGUACUUCCCUCUGACCUUAAAACUAGGGUGGUGACUGUCCACCUCUGUCUCCUCCAACCUGGAAGCUUCAUGGGGGCUGGGCUGAGGUGGGCACUACGGGGACUCUGGGGGUGUUUGUUGAAUGAAUAAAGGAGUUCAGUGGAAGGCA